AUGGACAAGCUAAUCAACGAAGAUGGCAUCCUCUUAGCCACAAACCAAUUUCGAACAGACGGACAAGUCCCUGCCCUGAGUGACUUCUUCAAGACUUUCAGGUUCCAAGUUUUCAAGGUUGAUUUUGAAGACGGCGAGAGCUGGGCUAUUCGUGUGCCAACCGUUUCCCCAAGCUCUCCUGGUCUCAUCGUUUAUCUUGUUGAGGCUGAAGCUCGUGCUCUCACAGAGCUGGAGGAAAAGGGAUUCAAAUGGGCCCCGAAGCUGAAGGGCUGUGAUCUCACAUUCGACAAUCCUAUCGGACAUCCUUUCAUUGCCACAACUUGGAUACAGGGCACUCGGCUAGUGUGGACUGAUGAUUUUCCCUCGCGACCUAUUCGUGACAAAGUACUUGAGCAGCUCGCUAAGAUACAAGCUGAAUUGAUCGAAUGCUCCCAGGAGAAUAGACCCACCACUGCUACGGAGCAUUACACGAAAGUGAUUCAGAACAAGAUCGUCCGCAUACGUGAUGGGAAGCUUCCGGAGCUUACAGAGCAAGACGUUUCCGAUCAACAGAGCCUCCUACCUACUGUCCUCAUACCCGAUCUGGAUGAAACCUCCUGGGCGAUCGAUCACGGCGAGCUUGCAGGGGAGACAAUACUUGUGGAUUCUGAGCACGAUAUUAUGGGUAUCACCAAUUGGGACCUCUCUGCAAAGAUGCCCUUACAACAGGCAGCUACCUUUCCCCGACUCCUCCGUCUCCAAGACCUUGCUGUAACACCGAGCGCCACUAUCAAGAAAGAUCAGGAAACAUACCUUGCAUCAAUUCUCGCGCAGGAUACAAAUGCUGCGAAAUCGAUGGCGGUCGUACAAAAUGCGAAAGAUGCAGACUUCUAUGCUUUCUUUUUGGACUCGAUCAUCAGCAAAUCACAGCACCGAGAGCUGGCGAGCCAUAAGUGGAAGAAGGCUGUCGCCUUUCAAAAGGAUCAGUGA